AGAUGGAGUACCAUACUUCGGAAUACAAUUUUUCUCGCUUCUAUUAAUCAGAGAGAUGAAAACAUUUGUGGCAACUAAAUUAAGAUAGGGAAAGUCAAAUAUUUUUUUUUUUUUAAUUUUUUUUUUUUAAUCUUACACACCCAAACAUGGGUAAGUUUUUAUUUUCUUUUUAUGAGGGGCAGCCAAGUAGGGUAAAUAAUAGCAGAGCAUGCAGUAUAGAAAUUGAUUAUACUUUCAUUCCUUCACUCAAUUUCCAUGACAACAAUAAUACCUGCAGACCUCAUCACUCUCACUUAACGUAAAGCUAACGCCAUUCUCUCUCUUUACUUUUCCCUCUUAAAGCUCAUUCUUUCAUUCUACUAUCACUUUCAUAUUUCCUUUUUUUUUCCACCUCAAAAUACACCCCCAAAUUCCCUACUUUUUUUCAAAAUUUUGCCAAAAUCUCAUCAACCCACUUCAAUUUCUUCCUUAAAUACCUCAAUUCUGCAAUUAUUUCACAACCCCAGAAGUUAAAUCACAAGAAUUUCACCCCCCAAAAGUCAUGAGAGAUAGAGGAAAAAGAGAGGUUGAAGCAUAUAAUAAUAAUGGAGGAGAUUAUAAUUUUGUUGGUGAUAAUUAUUUCCCUGAAUUUCCCUGCAAAAAACACCCAAAUUCAGCUUCUUCUUCAGGUGGGAUUUGUGCUUACUGUCUUACUGAUAGACUUGCUCAGUUAGUCUGCCCUCAGUGUGGUGAACAGAGGCUUUCUUCUUAUUGUUCUUGCACUUUUAACACUAAUAAUAAGUUCUAUUCUAGCUAUGAUACCUCCUCCUCCUCCAACACCACCGCGGCCGAUGUCGGAAGAAUCUCAUUCUUACUAGAGAAUGACAAGAACGGUGAUGAGAUCUCGAGUUCAAGGUCGAGAAUCGAACGAAGAUCAGCUAGUAACCAUGAUGAUUUCUCCCAUUUUAGAAGAAGCAAUAGCAUUUCUACUACUGCAGUCAAUAAUAAUAAUCAUAAUAAUCAUCAUGGGUCAAGAUCAGAAACUGGUAAGUUUUGGAAGAUUGGAAGAUUGUUCAGAAAAAAGAGAGAUAAAAACAGUCAGAUUAUCAGCAACAACAAUCAGAAUAGUCAUAAUAAUGAAGAAAAUUAUGAGUGUAAUGGAGUUUCAAGAUCAAGAUCACUUUGCAGUUUCAGGGGAUUUUAUGAUACUGAUCAAGAAAAUGGAGGUUUUGCAGUUUCAUCAUCUGCUGCAAGAGCUUCAAGUGUAAGUACAGGAAAUUUUGUUCUAGAUUCAGCUAAAAGAAGCUGUUUUAGUGAAUCUGAAGCAAGAAUUAGCAACUUCGAUUAUUGUGAUGCUUCUAAUUUUGUUGGUACAAACAAGAGUAAUAUUUUCUCACUGAAAGAGAGUGAGUUUGUUAAUAGUGAAGAUCAUGCUUUCAUUGAUUUGAAACUGCAUGACAUGUCAUCGGAAAGCUCGAAAAUGCCACCUGAUCUUGCUGCUCUGAGGAGGAGUGGGCUUGGGUUAUCAACUAAGGAGUUCGGAUUUCGAGGCGGUGGUGGUGGUGGUGAUGGUUUGGGGCAUGAGAUGUUCAGAAAUGGUGAAGGGUCAUGUAGAAUUAGUAGUGUUAGUGAAAGAGAAUUGAGGAAAUGCAGAAAGAGUUACAAAGUUUGGAAAUGGUUUUUCAGGCAUCAGACUGAUAAUUCUGGCAAAUUUGAUGAUCAUGGUCCUUUCAAUUCAUAAGAAUAAUCAAUGUGUUCUUGAUACAUCCUUUAAUCAUAUUCCUAUUUUUUUUUA